UACAGUAUAUACUUACCUUCCGAAGACAAGCUCGCAGUUUGCUGAGUAAGAGCGUUUUGUGUGUAAUGCAUCAAGGAUCAUUGCCCGCCAGUGUUGCAUACAUCGAAUAAGAGAAAGGAAAGUGCGAAGUGAACCAAAGAUUUCACAAGCACAAUGGAUAAAUUAAUCUACGCCGCACUCGUCCUCGCUCACCUAUGGUCACCUGGCCUGACCAAGGAGGGCAGUUCGUCGCACGGAAUGCUUCAGAUGUUCAGCUCCGUCAACGCCUCCGCCAAACAGGUGAGCGACGGGAGGAUGGCGAUGCCCUUCCGGGAGUGCGGCUACGUCCUGUGCAACGUCUCGGACGCCUUCACCAACGAGACGACGCACCUAUGGGAUUACUACGUGGACUGGGAGCUCCCCGCCGGGGCGCAGGGCAGCGAGAGCGUGUUCCUGCUGGCCAACAGGUACCAGAUGCCCCGCUCGUACCUGGUCUUCACGGGCUUCACCGCGGACUUCGCCGGCGACUACAGGUGCGUCCUCAGCUUCCGCCUGGAGCCCGUGUCCUCCGUCAGCCUCAGCCUCAGCAUGUCCGAGGGCGCCGCGCAGAGGGACUGCACCAACGUGCCCGCCUGAGGAGGCCGCGGGGGCGGCGAUCGCUCCCAGCGUCGCUCUCUGUGUAAGAGGAUUUCAAAGCAGUGUUUGUCAGUUUGUGCGAGGCACUGAAACCAGUGUGACUCACUUUUCUACUAUUGUUGACUGUGAUAAAGCGAACUGUAGUGCAUGACCACAAAAGUAUCCUGAUGUAGAAAAUACAAGAUGCAUUAACUGUAAAAGACAAAAAGCGAAAAAAUCAAUACUUGCGUCACGGUCGCUUACGGCAGACCAAAGCAUUUACAAAUCUGACUCGAGGAUUCUGUUUCCAGACAAAUGCAGCCUAACAGAGCGAAUGUUGAAGAAUACAUUUAAUAUAAAGGACAUUAAAGGAAUAAAAAUAUAUAUCUAAUGUUAGUGUAAAUGUGUUGCUUAAGUGAUAUUUUGUAUAUAUUAUGCCUGCAUAUAUUUUCUGAUUAUUAUUCAUAUACUGUGAAAAUAGUGUAUUUAUCAACUAUCCUUUUUUAAUGAAUGGAUGGAAAGGCA